AUGGGAAUAACCCAAAGUGUAGAGACAGUUUCAGUACUUGCAGCAGGAGAAGAAGAUUCUCCAUUUGCAAUUAGAAGGCAUCCUCAAUGCAAGAAUGGAUUAGCUUUAAUUCCACCUGAAUUUCCGAACAUGCAAAAGUUUAUGCUUUCUACUUUCAAGAAAUACGCAGAUAGAAAGUAUUUAGGAUAUAGAAAGAAACUCAAUGACAAGGAAUUUGGCCCGGAUUUCAUCUGGAAUACAUACGCCGAUGGUUUGACAGCAGCUCGCAACCUUGGUUCUGGACUUUUUGAGCUUGGUUACUGUGUUGGUAAAACACUUGGCGUAUAUUCGGCCAACUGCAAUGAAUGGCUCCAUGCAAUCGAUGCCUCUAGCUUGUUUGGCUAUGUCAUUGUCUCUCUCUAUGAUUCCCUUGGCCCAGGAGCCCUCAACUAUCUCCUUGACCACUCUCAAAUGGAAGCUGUCAUCGUUUCACAGGCAAAUUUCGAAAAAUUGAUGAAAAUUGCCCAAGAUAAGCCAUAUAACCUCAGAUUGAUUAUUGUUAUUGGCGAAGUACCAAAAGGAAAUUACAAUACAAACAUCAAGCUCAUGUCAUUCAACCAAGUUAUCGAGCUUGGAAAGAGCCAUCCUCAUGAACUUCCUGAAAUCGAUUCAGAAGCACCUCAUUUCAUUUGUUACUCGUCAGGAACAACAGGUAAUCCAAAAGGUGUAAUUAUUUCCCAUCGUUGCAGCGUUUCAAAUAUUAUUGCCGCCCAAAAUGUUAUUUGCUUAGAAGAUCCAACAAGGCAUUUGUCAUACUUACCACUUGCUCAUGUCUUUGAGCGUUCAGCCGUUGGCAUUGUCUCUUCUGUUGGUGGAGCAAUUGGUUUCAUCAGUGGUGGGCCACAAAACAUCAUCGCUGAUAUGAAGAUCCUCAGGCCUACAUUUUUGGCUGCUGUUCCUCGUGUCAUGAACAGAUUCUACGAAUCAAUUACAGAAAAAUUAAAGAACUCUACCAUCAAGAGAGGCGUUUUCUGGGGCGCUUGGUACGCCAAGAAAUACUUUAUCAACAAACACAUUCCAACAGGAAUCUUGGAUAAGAUUGUUUUCAACCAGAUCAACGAAAUGAUGGGAGGCUGCAUCUCCCAGUUCGUUGUUGGUGGCGCUGCUAUGGACAAGUCCAUUCAAGAGAUCCUCCAAGUCGCUACAGGAAUUCCUGUCAGAGUUGGUUAUGGAUUGACAGAAGCAGGCUCAGGAAAUGUCUGUUCACCACGUGAUAUCCACAACAUUAAGUGUGGAACUAUUGGUGGCCCACUUAUCAAUGUCGAAAUCAAGCUUGAACCAAUCGAAGAUUACGAUGAUCCUCUUUGCGGCCAGAUUUUGAUUGGCGGACAAUGUUUGUCAAGUGGAUACUUCAGAGAUGAAGAAGCAACAAAGAGAUUAUUUGUUGAUGAUACUCAUACUUGGAUCAAGACAGGAGAUGUUGGUAAAUGGGAUAAUGAUGGUUACUUAUCCAUUGUUGAUCGUAUGGGAUCAAUCUUCAAACUUUCUCAGGGUGAAUACGUUGCUGCCGAAUCAUUAUCUCAAGUUUACGAUAAAGCGCCAUUUGUUUCUCAGUCAUUCAUCUAUGGUGAUGCCAAGAGAACUUAUUUGGUCGCAGUCAUUGUUCCAAGAAAGGACGAUGUUGCAAAGUUCUUAGGAAAGGAUAGAAUUUCUGAAGAAGAAUUUAGAGAAGCUUGCAAAAACGAGGAACUUAAGAAGAUCAUUCUUGAAAAACUUAAGGAUGCUGCUACAGAGAACAAGCUCUUCGGUUACCAGAGAAUCAACAAAGUCUCUUUAGAACCAGAAGCUUGGACACUUGAAAAUGAGUACUUGACACCAACAUUCAAGCUGAAGAGGAAGAAACUCGAAGUCAAGUAUCGCGACGUUAUCGAGAAGUUGUACGCAGAGGACGAAAAAUAA